AUGAGUGGAGGAUACUUUCCCGUUUACCCUCAACACGACAAUCUCCCCGAUCCGGAGAUCCGGACGUUCAUCACCAACUUUUACCAGACGUCGGAUAAGAAGGAAUCCGACGAGCUCUGGGUGAGCUUUUUCCAUAGCGACGCAGAUGUCACAAUAGGCAACGAUCACGGCAAAUCAGAACAAGGGAUCCGAGAGCUACGAGCGAGAAUGUGGAACGUGGUGGCCGACCGCAAGCACAUCGUAUACAAGGUAUUUCCUCAUAGGUUUCAGGAAUCGUCCGAUGAGGGCUCCACAGAGCAUGAGCUGAUGCUGUUUGGUGAUGUUCAUGUGGUGACAAAGGACGAGCAGAAACUGACGCUACCAUGGGCUGCGCAUGCUGUGCUGAGAAAGGGAUCGCAGCCGACUGACGAGUGGAAGUUUCAAAAGUACAGAGUAUAUCUGCAACGAUGA